GUACUAUGAGAGUUUCACCAACUGCACCCAGAUGGAGACCAACAUCUCAGGCUGCUACUGGCCCAACCCCCUGGCCCAGGGCUUCAUCAGUGGCGUCCACAGGCAGUUCUUCUCCAACUGCACCGUGGACAGGGUCCACUGGGAGGACCCCCCGGACGAGGUUCUCAUCCCGCUGAUCAUCGUGCCUGUCCUGCUGACAGUUGCCAUGGCUGGCCUGGUUGUGUGGCGCAGCCAGCACACUGACAAGCUGCUGUGAG